CAAUGAAUAGGAGAAUAAUCUGUCUUUCACCAGAUUGUCUACUUAUCCCAUGCAGCCGGACUUUAUGGUGAACCCUUAACAGACGCUUAAGCAUUUCUUCACGAGGACGACCCACAAUGGCACGGCUGGUCAUUCUGUUCUGCAUUGGGCUCGUCUUCAGCGCCACGCAAGUUACAGGAGAUGCGUCGCUUGACUUUGCCACAUUGUCAGAUCAGUUUUGGUCCUGGACACUGCAUACAUUUCCAGAAUUCGCCACAGGCUUUGGGUAUAGCGAGUAUAACGAUCAGCUCGAGUCCUACAAUCUCACCGUGCAUGCGCUUAGAAAGGCUAAAGUGGAGGAGUUUCUUGACAGACUGAGAGGCAUUAAGAAGGACGAAUUGAGAGCAGACGAACAGCUGAACUAUGUCAUCUUGGAGGACGCAUUUAACACUUACAUUGAAGGAUACACAUGGAUGAAAUUCGGGGGUCUAAAUCCCGUCAGUUUCAUGAAUGGUUUACAGAAUGAGUGGAGGAAUUUGAUGAAUGUUCCCUUCAAAACUAAACCAGAUUUUGAAAAUUUCAUAACACGAAUCGGCUUGUUGAAAACACGGUUGGCGGAAUAUACCGAGUUGUGCCAAGAGGCUGUUCGUCUCAAUCGGACACACCAUUGGGCUUCCCUGGCCAAGGUGCCAGGUCAGAUCGACGCCAUCUUGGUGGAGGAUCCAUUUCACUCUGCGUUCUAUGAACCUUUCAAAGAAACUCUGGAGAAUCUUACGACUAUAUCACAAACAGAAAAAGAGGAUUUCCGGUCACGUGCUCUUGUUGCUAUUAACACCGGUGUCCUCCAUCCUUUCCGGGAUUUUAAAACUUUCCUGAAGAACGACUACAUGCCUUACAGUCGCCCAGCUGCAGGAGUGGGUUCAUGGGAUCAGGGUAGGGACUAUUAUGAGGCGUGUCUCAAGUGGCAACUAUCGGUAGACAUGACACCGGAAGAAGUCCAUGCGCGCGGUGAAAGCGAAGUUCAAAGGGUUAGCGGAGAAAUGAUGAAGGUGAUGCGGUCUCAGGAUUUCCAUGGAUCUAUUUCCGAGUAUUUUGAGAGUUUGAGAUCACAGGACCGUUUCAAGUUCCCAUCCGGAGAGGCAAUUAUAGAAGAGUACGAAGACAUAAUAUAUCAAAGGAUCAAUACAAAACUUGGCAUGAUAUUCAGCAAGAUCCCCGAUGCUCCAUUAACAGUGGCCGCUAUGCCAUAUGACGGUAGUAGUGGAUCUUACAGCAAUGGCGUCUUUUACGCCAACGUCAUGAGGCCAAAUCUGACAAAUUCCUUCGACCUGAUGUCUUUGGCACUCCACGAAGGUAAUCCAGGUCAUCACUUCCAGUCUGAUGUUUUGAUGCAGAUAAGCUACAUGCUACAGAGGUCUCUGCCAGUGUACAGGAAACGUCUACCAAGCCAAGGCUUCCGGGUACCAUUUGGCUUCCCUGCACAUACGGCUUAUAUUGAGGGAUGGGCGCUGUAUGCAGAGGCUUUGGGUGAAGAAAUGAGGGUGUACAAGGAUGAUUACGAGCUAAUGGGAAGGUAUUCCCGUGAGAUGUUGCGAGCUUGUCGCUUAGUGGUUGACACCGGAAUACACGUGUUAGGGUGGACGCGAGAAGAAGCCAUCUUGUACAUAUCCAACUACACUUCAUAUUCAAGACCGGAAAUAGAAAAUCAGGUUGACAGGUACAUAACGUUUCCUGGCCAGGCUUGCGCAUACAAGAUCGGUGAGCUCAAAAUUUGGGAACUGCGUCACAAGGCGGAAAAGGAGUUGGGCAAUAACUUCGAUUUGAAGGAUUUCCACACGACCAUUUUGGAUUUGGGGAAUGUUCCCCUUCGUUUGAUGGAGGAGGCUGUUGACCACAUGAUAGAGAGAGUGAAGGGCCGAUCAUCGCACGGCAAUAAUGACCAAUCGUCGACGAGAAUUUUAGUUUCUGCGGUGCUGUUGUUUAUGUUUGUUACCGGAACUUAAUGAUCGCAACAGUAAAGCAGCUCAGAUAUAUCUGUCAAAAGGAUCACUCGCAUUCCGUAGACGUCUUCCGCAGUUCAGCUGUGGCGGAUAUCAGGAACUAUUUGUUAUUUACAAGAGGGCACUAAUUUUCUCUAUUGUUUACGUAGUAAUUUCCUCAAUUAAGUUCAAACUGAAUUAUCUUUAUUGUCAAACUUUCAACUGGAAUAGUGACUUAACUGCGCAUGUAGCUCAACUACGUAGGUACAGCGUAUCAAAAUAUCAUAGGUUGACCACAAUUUCAUCUUUCAACUACAGCUGAUGAGAAUAAAGUCAUGGCAUCAAGUCAUCAUGGUUUCACAUUAGGUAGUGUGGCUUGCGACUCGACUAAAUAUCUACCACUUAGGUUUA